CUCCACAGCAAGACUCCCACUCCCAGUCCCAGUCCCAGGCUCAGCCUCAGCUGCUAGGUUUCUUCUUCUUCUCAAGAGGAGAACAAAAAGGGAAUAAAAAUGGGAGCUUGAACCCCUCCCAAAUCCGCACCUUACGCGCAAUCUGUACACCUGCUCCUCUUCGCUUGGACCUUUCUUCCCCGAUUCGUCGCCCGCUCUGAGCAACCGGGAGGGAUCCGUUUCCCAUUCUUGAUGCUCUCAAGCUGAGCUGCACGAGAAAGCGGCGCCCAUUUUUUUUUUUUUGGGGUUUUGGUUUUGUGGGCGAGAAAUCUUGUCAAAGGCGCCGCCUUUUCUUGCGACGGUAAUGGCGGGGUUUUAGCUCGCUGAGCAACAGUAGAUCUCGUUUUGUUCCGAUGGUGACGGAGAUGGCGACGCGCGGGGAGGCUUACGGUGCGGCGGCGGCAGACCGGGACAUGGAGCUUUUCAGGAGCGGCUCCGCGCCGCCCACGGUGGAGGGCGCCAUGGCCAGCGCCGCCGCGGCCGCCGGCGACGUCUUCCUGGACGACGAGCUCCGGGCCGACCCGGCCUACCAGAGCUACUACUACUCCAAUGCGCACCUCAACCCGCGCCUCCCGCCGCCGCUGCUCUCCAAGGAGGACUGGCGCUCGGCGCAGCACCGCCUCCGCUCCUCCGGGCUAGGGGGGAUCGGCGACGGGAGGAGGCAGCCGGCCGCGGCGGCGGCGGCGCAGGGGGAUGGCCUUGUGGGGCUGCCCGGGAUUGACCUCGAUCGGCAGGGGAGCUUCUCCAGCAUCUUCCAGGAGAACUCAUAUCAGCGGGACAUGGGUAAGCAGGGUGCCAACCGCAACAAUAGUGACUUUCUGGAUUCUUCUCGGGCACAGUAUGCACUUCGUGAGACUAGAGCUAUGGGUGGUCUGCAGAGUGACAGCACUGUGCAGAAAUUGGCUGAAGUUCAGAACAAUGAUUCAUCAGCACAUACAUAUGCCUCUCUUUUAGGAUCGUCGCUUUCUAGAAGUGCAUCUCCAGAUCCUGAGCUUGUGAGGAGGGUCCCUAGUCCUUGCCUGCCUCCAAUUGGUGUCAAAGUUAGUGCUGAUGAUAAGAAGAACAAUGGUGGUUCCUCUUCCUUCCGCCGCAGUUCAUCUGCUAUUGGUGAAUCUGAUAAUCUCAUAGCUGCUUUAUCUGGGAUGAAUUUAUCAUCAUCGAGGGCAACCAAUGGACAAACUAUGACUCAAUCUGAGCUGUACCAGGAUGUUGAUAAUGUCCGUAAGUUUCUAUUUGAUCGGCAUGGUGAUCAAUCAAAUGGAAGCCAGCAACGCUCCUACAUGAAGAAUCCUGAGCAAGGACAUUUUAAGACACCUGAUGGCUAUUCUGCAAAUUCGCCUAAUUCUUCUUUGAUCAGAAACCAGAUUAAUGCUGCCAAUUUCACAUCGUUUGACAAUUUGCCUGCUGGAUCUGGCUUUGCUUCCCCUAGGAUCGGCUCUAGGUCCCCAGGAGGGACAUUAUCUUCAAGGCAGAAUUUGGUUGGUGCAUCUAACUUUCUGAACUACAAUGGAAUUGGAAGUCCAAAUGCAGCAACUUCUCUUCAAGCGCCUAUUGAUCCAGCGUAUAUUCAGUACCUUCAGGCAGCUGAGAUUGCUGCCCAACUAGCAGCUAGCUGUGAUGAUCCUCUCAUGGCCAGUGGCCAUCUGGGAAGUUCUUACAUGGAUUUACUUGGUCCUCAGAAAGCUUACUCUAGUCCACUGCUUCAGUCACAGAAGAACUGUGGUUACUAUGGAAACCUCGGAUUUGGCCUUAAUUAUGCUGGAAGUCCUUUGAUGAGUCCUGUUCUUCCCUCUUCCCCUGCUGCACCUGGUAGUCCACUUAGGCAUGGUGAGCGCAGCAUGCGUUUACAAUCGGGUAUGAGAAACUUUGGUGGUUCCUUUGGUUCAUGGAAUACCGAUCUAGGUGGGAAGAUGAACAUCAAUAUGAUGCCCUCACUCUUGGAAGAAUUCAAGAGCAACAAAAGCAAAUCUUACGAGCUCUCUGAAAUUGCUGGUCAUGUUGUUGAAUUCAGUGCUGAUCAAUAUGGAAGCCGCUUCAUACAACAAAAGCUAGAAACGGCCAGUACUGAAGAGAAAGACAUGGUUUUUUCAGAAAUCAUGCCUCAAGCUCUCACGUUGAUGACUGAUGUAUUUGGAAAUUACGUUGUUCAGAAGUUUUUUGAGCACGGAAGCCCGACUCAGAUAAAGGAACUUGCCGACCAGCUUAUUGGACGUGUUCUUGCUCUCAGUCUUCAGAUGUAUGGAUGCCGGGUUAUACAGAAGGCUAUAGAGGUUGUUGGUUUAGAUCAGCAGACUAAAAUGGUUGCUGAGCUGGAUGGACAUGUCAUGCGCUGUGUACGUGAUCAAAAUGGGAACCAUGUAAUACAGAAAUGCAUAGAGUGCAUCCCUCAACAUGCUAUCCAGUUCAUUGUUUCAACAUUCUAUGGUCAAGUUGUGAUGUUAUCCACUCAUCCAUAUGGUUGUCGGGUUAUACAGAGGGUGCUGGAGCACUGUGAUGAUCCUACAACGCAACAAAUAAUGAUGGAUGAGAUUCUCCAGUCCGUUUGCUUGCUGGCUCAAGAUCAAUAUGGCAACUAUGUUGUUCAGCAUGUACUGGAACAUGGAAAACCACAUGAAAGAUCUGCUAUUAUUGAGAAGUUAAUUGGACAAAUUGUACAAAUGAGCCAGCAAAAGUUUGCAUCAAAUGUCAUUGAGAAGUGCUUAGCCUUUGGCAAUCCUGUAGAACGCCAGAUCCUGAUCGGUGAAAUGCUUGGAUCCACUAACGAGAGUGAACACCUUGAGGUAAUGAUGAAAGACCAGUUUGCCAACUAUGUGGUGCAGAAGGUGUUAGAGACUUGUGAUGAUCAGCAGAGAGAGACGAUCCUUACAAGGAUAAAAGCUCAUCUGAACACACUGAAGAAGUAUACCUACGGGAAGCACAUAGUAGCACGCGUAGAGAAGCUUGUUGCUGCUGGAGAGAAGCGACUAGGGCUUCAACCAGCAUGCACCACUGCCGCCUGAAGGGCAAGCAAUGCUGUACAGCUAACAGUGGCUAGGUUUGCUUUGCACUCACGUUUUCGUUUUUUGCAACUAAAAACGUACCCCCUACAAGGCCAGUAUGGCCUCUUUGAGAAGUAAUAAAAAAAAACGCAUCUCAAUCGGUUGCACUGGAGAGUGUACAUUAUGUAGUUGAGGAGCAUGCAGGCAGCAGGGAUGGAUCAUGCCAUGAAGUUCUAAUCUAAUAUGGAAGCUGUAAAGAGGAAGAUGAAGAAGAGUAAAUUAAGAAACAUGUUACUCUGCUGUACAAAUUUUAUUUAGCACUAGAGAGAUGAAAAAGGAGGAAGCUGUUAGCUGUCAAUAUGAGCGAGUGAUGAGUUGUUAUUGCUGUAACAUAACUACUAGUACUCAAGGCACACUAGCCUAAGCCUUGUGUUACAGUUUAAGCUGAAGUUAUUAGUAUCAGCUUUGCUGAAACUGUUUGCUUGCGUAAUCGUCCUUGUUUGUUGUGUACUUGUGUGUUAAUCCAGUCAGUGUGCACUGUACUGUAAUGUUGUAAUCCAGUCAGGAUGUUCAUGUU